UAAAAUUGAUAAGCGCACAGUACUUGUUGAUUAAAAAUUGAAUCAAUAGCAAAACAAACGGAUACGCGCAGCGUUCGGGGAAUUUCAUAAAAUUGUUAUUAUGCAAGUAAAGGAUAAAUUUGUGCCAAACUAUGUGGUCCAAGUUUUUAUCGUGUUCUUCUGCAUUAUCAAUUCCAUUGUAGGACGAAGGUUCUCCGAUGAAGGCUAUUACCCUGGAGACUACUACAAUGAUCAACAAUCGCAGUACGCUAAAAUUAAAACUGCACUGGGAAAACUGGAACAUACCCCCCAGUACGUCCCAAACUGGCCUAACCCAAACAUCAAGCUCGGGCAAGUGUCCGGAGUAGCGCUCGACCCAGCCGGUCAGCUGCUGGUGUUCCACCGAGCCGACAACACGUGGGAUGAAACCACGUUCUCCAUGCGUAACGUGUAUCAGAAGAUAGGCGAGCCGCCCAUUCCUCAUAACACAGUGCUGGUCUUUAACGAUACUGGAGAGCUGGUUGAUAUGUGGGGGAAGAAUCUUUUCUACAUGCCCCACGGCAUCACUGCGGACAAGCAGGGCAACGUUUGGGUGACCGACGUGGCGCUGCACCAGGUCUUCAAGUUCACUCCGCAGCAGAGAGACCAGCCGGCCCUCGUGCUUGGGGAGAAGUUCGUACCAGGCAACGAUGAACGGCACUUCUGCAAGCCGAGCGCCGUCGCCGUCCUCGACUCGGGCGAGUUUUUCGUGGCUGACGGCUACUGCAAUACGCGCAUCAUGAAGUUUGGUCCCGAUGGGGAGUUGUUACUGCAGUGGGGGAGCCAUUCCCGAUUCGCCUCCCCAUUCUCAUUCAACGUGCCGCACGCACUAACUCUGGCCGAAGACAGAGGCCUAGUGUGCGUGGCUGACAGGGAAAAUGGUCGAGUUCCUUGCUUCCGAUCCGACAACGGGACUUAUGUCGCUGGGUUCAAGAACUGGCUUAUAGGACCGAGGCUGUUCAGUGUGGCCUAUUCUCCGGCUGGCGGCGGCCGGCUCUACGUAGUAAACGGGCCGUCGGGCUCCGUCCCCGUGCGAGGUUACGUCAUCGACUUCACUUCGGCUCGGCUUAUCGGCACAUUCGCUCCCGAGGCGGACUUUAGCAACCCACAUGACGUAGUGUCUACCGCUGAUGGCUCUAAGGUCUACGUCGCUGAGCUCAAUCCGUUUAGGGUUUAUAAAUUCGAAGACGAAGUUUUGCUGAACGCAACAAAAAUUGAGAAAAACACGAGCGUGCCAGUCAAACCUACAACUACUAUCGCGGUGGGCGAGCAGGCCGCGAUGGUGCCGCUGGACGCGUGGGACACGUGGCGCGGCGCGGUGGGCGGCGCGGCGGGCGCGGCGGGGGCGGCGCUGCUCGCGCUCGCGGCGCUGGCGCUGCUCCGCGCCCGGAACAAAGGUCGCAAAGGCGUGACGCGACGUCGCUGGGAGUACGGUCACGGCGAGUUCAAACUGCGGCGGCUGCUCGAGCGACGGCGCUUCACCCGCGUCCACUCCGACGACUCCGAUGAAGAACCCGCGCCGAUGCUGCCUCAGCCGCCUGCUAACGCGUGAUCACUGCGAAUCGACUUUGGAUUAUUGAUACGAAUUGGGACGAAGGUAAUGUAGAGAGAAAUAGGGAAUCAGGGAUGGAUGUCUAGAGAUAGCUCUUGCAUCUGACACGUUUUUAGAGUUCCAAGAUCAUGUGUAGAUAUAUUUCUUGAUGAUAAUGUAUUUUGAUUGGAAUUUCAUCAAGAUAUGUUACAGUUCACAUUAAGUGCGGUAAGCUCUUCAAUGUUGCAUUUCUAUAUAAAUGAAUGUGCCAAAGUAGAAACUAAAUUCGUACCAAAAUUAUGUCGUGGACCAUCAUUCUACACCAACCGUAUUAGGUACCAACUACUAGCUGGGUUUAUCUUGUAACCAAAGUAAAAGCUAAAUAUUAUAGGUACAGAGAAGAAAGGGUACCUAGAUUAUCUGCUACCAGACCAUCAAAUUUACCUAACCAGAUGUAAGAGCUUUGUGUCGGUAUAGAUUUAUAUUCUUGUGUCUUUAAGUUAACGUUAAAAUAUAUUUAGUUUCUAGAAGUUGCCUGUCGUACAAACUUGUUGUAAAGUAUGUUACCAGUAGCUUAUUAGUCUUAUUACAAUUGCAUAUAUUAGGUUUUAAAGUCUAGAAAGGAAUCAAGGCCAAGAAAUAGUUACGUAAUGUGUUUUACAUUAUGUAAAUACAUUUAGUUUUAAACCUAUAAUUUCAUUGUAAUUGUGUGUACAAUUUAUCUAAAUCCAUAAUGAACGCCUACUUCAUGUAUUUUUCUACACUAAGUUAUCGUAUUUAAGCGUAAAAAUUCUAUAGACCGGCGCGGACGCGUAGACACGUUACAAAUCGUUCAUGCACCGUAGCGUGGCCGAUCGUUUAUUUGCUUAUUAAAUUUAACGACACAAGCAAAGGCAUAUAUGUAUAAUAAGUUAAU